AUGUCUAAUUAUCCCCCAGCGCCAGCAUCGGGGCUGUCUUCAAGCCAUGCACAAUGGCCUUCCUCUAAUCCUCAUCCCCCAACCGCCAUCCCGUCUUUACUAUCGCCCAAUCUUGCUUUCCAUCACAAUACUUCGCCGCUCCCUCAACAACCGCAAGAUUCUACCGGCCAUCCUGUUGGUUAUAAUAUUGAGGCUAGUUUCAACGCAAAUUCCCGUCUCCCAGGGUUAGGGGUACCACCCGCAGCCGGGACCUUACCCACGCCAUCAUUUCCUUUCAUGGGGACCUUUACGCCUCCCCAGUAUCCUCCUGCCCCGUUUGCGUCCGCUCAAAUUCCACCACUUAGAUACCCGCCCGUGCCAACUGCCUUUAACCCUCCGCCAAGCUGCCCUCCCACCAGUGGUUUUCAAGCACGCACUAACUCGGUGCCUCUAAAUAAUUUCGAUUCCCAACCUGCGACCAUGUCUAAUUCAAUGCAGGAUUUCGAUCGAGAGGAAGGUGAACUCUCUGAUAAGGAGGAGGGCUUUUCAGUGCCACAGGAGACUCUGUCCAAUACUGGGCCGAUCACAACACCGGCAACUUCAGGGAGUCAACUGCAGCCCACCGCUCACGCUCCCAAUGCGCGAGCAGUUAACCGGGAGAAUUGUUUCUCGACGAGUCGGCUUCUUGAAUCUAACGUUUCCACAAUUGUGGGUUCCAAAGACCUGGACAAGGGAGCAAUAGAGAAGACCUUGGAUCGGGAGGAAGGCGAGACGUCUUCGUAUCAGUCUCGCUCAUCGAGCCGAGACAGUGGAUCCCCAUAUAACCCUCCAGUUUCCAUCAGUACCGACGCGUUAGACAAGAUAAGUCUCGAGACAAUAAGCUCACCAAAACUGCCCGCCGAAAUAAUACGCGACAAGCAACCUUCACUGGUUGUAAAGUCGCCAGCUCAACUUCGGAUUCAGGCGCAGGGAGCACUUCUUGGUUUAGCUCCUCACAAUAUUCGCUACAGUGAGCUUGCUCGGGAAGGCAUAAACCCAUCGAUACUUAAGCAGCUGUAUGAAGAAGUGGGAAUCAAGAUUCCGACGCCACAACCAGAUACUGCACCUUCCGUGCAGCCAGACUCUUCCGGAUAUACCAGUCCCGUCUCUAGGUCGUCUGAAGAGCACAAACGACAGACACACGUCGAAACGGAAGAGCCUCAGAAGACGAGUCCACAGCAGUCUGACCUCAUGGAGGCCUCAACUUCCUCGCUGCAGAAAGACGCUUCUAAGCCCAUGGAGAGAAAGGAGGUUAUUGCUCGUAUGCUCGCCGCCAAAGCAGCCAAGUCUUCAGGCGGUUCGGGGACUCCUCAAACAGAAGUGUCUAGAGGUGACUCAACGCCUGGAAAUUCAGUUAACGUGACCGUCGAGAAAACAACAUCUGGGUCGCUUGAAACGCCUGCAAAAGAGAAAGAAGUGCGAGUCAAAGAAAAGAAUAAAGCACAAACUGAGCUGGCGAGACAGAGGAUUGAGCAGCUUAAAAAACAGGGUCUUAUGAGAGGUCAGCUGAAGUCGCAGGCAGAUCCCAAAGCCUUAGAGCAAGAGCAGUCGAGUAUGAAAAUGCAAAAUACAAACACGGUCAACAACACCUCGUCAAUCCAGCAUCCUUUGCCAGAACGGCCUCCAGUUCCUGAGUCGAGUGCUUCUGCUCGGAUACCUGGGUUGUUUAUGACAGAGUCGAAGGAAGACUCACCACAAAGGUCAUAUGUGACACCUGUUCAAGGCCUUGUAAUUGAUUCCACGCCACAGCCCCGCGUUAAUCAACGCAAACGCCCCCGAGCAUCUGACUUCGAUGAACCCGUUCUCAUUACCAGAAAGGAAUUCAGCAAUGGAGUGCAUCGCGCGGCUUCAGGGGAGAGACUUGUUAUCGAUAUCAGCGAUGAUGAAUUCUACGGGGAUGAUGACGGAUGUGAUAGCAUGGCCAUUGAGCCUUCUCCUGGGAACGGUACUCGAGAAAAUGUAUCUGCAGCUCCGGAGAUAUCGCUACGAAUGCUUCCCUCGGCUGUCGAGUCUUUGCCACCUAGACCGGUAUCAGCAAGCCAGAGUCAUACCACACCGCCAAGUAUCUCCAGGGGCAAUGACCCAGAACAUCUCCGAAGAAAGCAUCUAGAGAUUCAAGCAAUGCACAAACGUAUUGCUGAGCUCGAGCAACGAAAAAAGGCAAAAAUUUCUGUAAGCCGUACGCAGUCUCCUCGGUCGGUAGAAUUGCCAAUGAGAACGCCUCCUGACACCUCUGUCAUACCCGAUACUGGAUCCUAUAAUAUCGAUUCUACGGCUGUUGAAAAAUCUAUUUCUACCAAUGUCGAUAGGAGACCUCAUACUACUUCUCCACACUACGACCCUUCUACCACUCAAAAUGAAUCUUCAUUUACUUCUGCCUCGCAAACCUCAUCUUCCAUGACCAUUGGAUACCUCAAGAAGAUGAAGUCUAAACUAUUGCGCAAAAAGGAGAUUGAGGCCGGUGUGCCUGCUCUGGAUGCCGAAAUAUGCAAAGCUGAAGGAAGGCUGGCUGGGUUAAAGAGCGAAGAAGAAAAGGUGGUACUUGAGAUCACGAGAGGCAAAGAAGGACGGAAACACCUCUCUGAAGAACUCAGUAACAUAAACUUGGAGUUAAACGGCUUGUCCUUGGAUGACAUCGAUGCAGCUCUGGCCAGACUUACCGAUGAGCAACGUAGCAACACGAAACUUCAAGCCCAAUCACAGCAACAAGUUCUGUCAGAUGAAAAUACCCGAAAAUCGCCAGAAACUCCCAUGGUUGAAAACCAGAAAGAAACAGGUCUCACUGAAGAACCGGUCCCUGCUCAAGAAAUGGCGGCCGACGCAGUGCUGAACGACACGAUCAACAAGGAGACAGAGGACCUAAUUGAUUCUAGCCACGAGUCGUCCGCUAUGUCUUCAUCCGAGUCUGCUGGAUCAGCUAUGGACGAGUCUAGUGACAGUGACAGUGACAGUGACAGUGAUAGUGAUGACUCUAUGUCUAUUGACCAAGAAAGAUCCGAGGGGCAAGUACCUGCCUCGGAAUUUAGUUCAUUUAAAGCGGUAGGCGAACCUCAAAAUACUAGCCGAGAAGGAAUAGCCCAGCAGACUGCAGAUUCUGAGCGCGGCCCGCCGGAGCAUACACCAACAUCAAAUAUUGAAAACCGAGGCGACCGAUCAUCAGAGUCGAGCGAGCCUGUCGAGAUGUCCGAGGACGAGAGCUCCAGUCUAUCAUCGGCCUCAGAGACAUAUGAACCUCCAGAGCCGGGGGCAACUGCAAGCCCUGCUGACUCGGUCUAUACUCCCCCUUUCAGUCCUCCCUCUCCUGGCCCACUAGAACCCAGUGAGGGUUACAGGCCUCCAAUGGAUCAGUUGAAACAAUCUGGUGAGCCGCUAACUGCAAAGGUUCAGGAAAUGGAUGUUGAACCACCAAAAGAGAACAUUCAUGUUGACCUUCUGGAUAAUGCGCGACAAACACAGGAUUCACAGCAUAGAUUUUCGCCAUAUGCUAGUCCACUAAAGUAUUUCAACGCUUAUCGAUACCACCCCCGGUAUACUGAUGAAAUUACGGAUGGCUAUCGUUCCUUAACGUACAGUCACAAUAUUGACCCCAUGAAAUAUCUUUGUCCUUUCGAGGCCGCAGGUGGUGUCUGCAACGACAGAUCUUGCGAAUUCCAACAUUUUCGGGACAUGACUCUUAGCGAUGACAAGAUUCUAGUCCAGAUGGGCUCUCUCCGGGAGGGCAAGACGCCUGAAGAAAAAGACCAUUACAUCGCUGGGCUGAAGCAGAUCAUCAACGAUAUGCGACGCGACAAGGUGAAAGAUUUUAAUACUGUGGCUACGGAGAUUGCUGCAUACCGUAGACGCUUCCUUCAGGACCCUUCACGAAUCUUACCCUUGUAA